GAACCGGAGCCGAAGACCACUAUCUUCAUUGGCAACCUCUUCUACGACGUCACAGCUGAGGAUCUCAAGAAUCAAUUCUCGAAAUUCGGAACGGUGAGGCGUGUCAACCUCAUCCAUGACCAGCGGGGAAUCAGCAAGGGAUUCGGCUAUGUGGACUACGACUCGGUCGAGGCGGCGCAGCGCGCCAUUCAAGAAAUGCACCUGCGUAUCUUCGAGGGACGCCGGGCCAGCGUUCAGUUUGCGCAGACGCAAAUGAAACAGCAAAGAGACUCGCGCCCCUCGAAGUCGCUGUACAUCGGUAACCUGCCUUUCGAAAUGACCGACAGUGACCUCAACGAACUGUUCAGCGACAUUGUCAACGUGAUCGACGUGCGCGUGGCCAUUGAUCGCCGCACCGGACAGCCUCGCGGCUUCUGCCACGCUGACUUCGUUGACCUCGAGAGCUCCCGCAACGCCAUGGAGGCUCUCAGCAGGAAGAUGCCCUACGGAAAGAAGCUGCGCAUUGACUACAGCACCAAGCACAAGGGUCUUAACCGCCAGGAGUCGUCAGAGAAUGCGGAGACUGCGGAGAGUGCGGGGAUUGCAGAGCCCUCGGAGGCAGACCAGGUUGACCGCACCAACCGUGUUGAGUGA